CUUGUGUUUGAACUUUCCCCGGGACACGAACACGAACCUCUUGACACAAUGAGUUUGUUUUGAGUUACUUAUAACGAUUUUAGCCUGGCCAAGUGUGUUUGAUUUAAAUACCACAUUCCCAGAGAUGGUUAUUUUUAUAAGGGGAACAUUCACAGCGUUUUCUUAUUUGGUGUUGUGACAUCAAGAUGCCUAUCCGAGCAUAUUGUACGAUUUGUUCGGAUUUUUUCGACCAUUCUAAAGAUGUUGCUGCUAUCCACUGCGGACACACAUUUCACUAUGACUGUCUACUUCAGUGGUUCCAGACUGCCCCCACCAAGACCUGUCCCCAGUGCAGGAAGCAGGUCAGCACCAGACAUAUCAUCACCAAACUCUUCUUUGACAUUGGGGGAGAAGAGGAUGGAAAGGUGGACCCUGAGUGUUUACAGAAUGAACUUGAUCGUGUCAAAGCUCUGCUCAGCUCUAAGGAGAGAGACUGGCGGGACAAACAGAAGGUAAUGGAUGGUCUGAGGGACACUGUGGCCAAACAGAGGAAAGACAUGGACAGUUUGCGCAAAGAUGCCAUGGAGAAGGACAUGCUGUGCGGGGCCCUUAGAAAACAAAUGACUUACUUGGAAACACAACAGAAUGACAUCCAAGCUGCUAAAGAAGAGGCCAGAAAACUUCGCACAAAAAUGAAAACAUUUGAAAGCCUGGACAUCUUGUUACAGGGCCAGAGGUCUGAAGUGGAGUCUAUGAUCACGGAUAUGGGAGUGAGCCAGGCCGCUGUGGAGCAACUCUCCAUCUACUGCAUUUCUCUCAAAAAAGAGUAUGACAGUCUGAAAGGGAGCCUCAAAAGUUCAAAUGAAAUGUGUGAAAAACUCAAGAGAGAAGUGCUUUCAACCAACAACAAGCUACAUAAAGCCACAGUGGAGGUGAACCAGACUAAAGAGGAUAUGAAGGCUCUACAUAAAGAUCUGAGUGCCGCUGACAAAGAAAUUUCUAGCCUGAAGAAGAAGAUAGAGGUGUUGCAAAACACUCUGAGCACGCCAACCCGUACAAAUGAAGCUCUCAGCCGUCUUGUGUUUGAAAGCCCGGCUCCUCUGGAACUGAAGCAACCUCGGCUCCAUCAACCGCCCGACAGUGAGGACAUCGACCUCAACCUGACCUAUGACAUCACUACGCCAGAGGAUGUGUCCAAAAAGCCAUCCCAGGUCCCAUCCAAGAAGAUGCGCGUUGACCCUCUAUCAGCAGCUGUGGCCAAGCACAAUGAGAAAAGUACAUUGUUAACCAAAGUACGAGAUGAAGAUGAUUCCAUGGAUCUCUUUUUGAAGAAUUCCCUUCUUUUCCGAAAGAAAACUUUUGGAAGCAUGUUAGACCCUCUGAAGAGCCGUACUGGAGCGGUAAGAAGUGGCUACGAUGGACUAGGUGGAAGGACAAAAUUCAUCCAACCUUCUCCACUUGCUGAGAUUCGCCCCCUGAUGAAAGUAAAGAGGAAAAAGGUGACCAGGCCUGUUCCUAAGAUUUCACCUUGUCUCACUUUGGAUAACUUUCUGGAAUAAAAAUCCAGCAUUCUUCACAUUUUUAAACAAGCUGACUGAUGUCCAUGACCUAAGCAGGUACUACAGCUGUAAUAUAUUCUUUUCUAUAUUGUAUUUUUUUAUUCUUAUUUUGUAGUUUUAUUUGUGUGCCAUGUUUCAGAUCCCUUUUCCAACAUAAUUUUUUGUUUUUGUCACUGGGAAACUAUUACAUUUUUCUGAAAAAUAAUUUAUUUCAAUAUUUUACCAGCAAACAUGCAGAAAACAUUUCUCAUUUAUGCCUAAGUAUGAACCCAUGUGUAAUAUAAU